AUGGCUGGGUCCGGAAAUGUCGAGCUUAGAGCUCCGGUCUUCAAUGGAGAGAACUAUGAAUUUUGGAGGAUUCGUAUGAUAACUAUACUGAAAUCGUAUGGUUUGUGGGAGCUGGUAGAAAAUGGGUUUGUACCACCAGAUCCGAAGUCUGAGAAAGCUGUGGUCGAUGAGACGAAGAAGGAGAUGCCGGAUGGAGUGUCGUUCAGUGAGAUCUUGAUGAAGGAUGCUGCGCUUGGAAUGAUACAAGGUGCAGUAUCGGAUCAGAUUUUUCCCAGAAUCGUGAAUGAAGAAACAUCCAAAGGAGCUUGGGAUGCUCUAAAGGGCGAAUUCCGAGGAGAUAAACAAGUAAGAAAUGUAAAAUUGCAAGGUUUACGUAGAGAUUUUGAAUAUACUCGUAUGAAGGACAGUGAAUCAUUAUCUGUGUAUCUCUCUAGAUUGUUUGAUAUUAUUAAUCAGAUGAAAAGUUAUGGAGAAGAACUAUCUAGGGAGAGAAUUGUGCAGAAAUUACUUAUUAGUCUUCCGAAAACAUAUGAUGCAAUUUGUUCUGUAAUUGAGCACUCUAGAGAUCUUGAAACUAUUGAGGUCCAAGAGGUUGUAGCUUCUCUAAAAGGAUUUGAACAGAGGCUUGAUCUACAUACUGAGUCUUCGACUGAGAGGGCAUUUACAAGUCUAAAUGUAGCAUCUAAGGGUGUCAAAAGUGGUGGAUUUUCUGGGAAUCAAAGGUCUCAAGAGAGUUGGAAAUCAAGGGGAAAGAAUUGGGAUCAUAAAUCAAACCUUCCUCAGAGACAGAACAAUACUCAAAGGAAUUGGGAUCACAAACCAAAUUAUCCUCAGAGACAGAACAUUAUUCAAAGGAAUUGGGAUCAUAGGCCUAAUUAUGUUCAGAAGCAAAACAAUGCUCAGGGUGAUUGUAAGUGGUGUGACAGGUUGCACUAUGGGAAGUGUUGGUAUGAAGGUAAACCAAAGUGCACAGGCUGUGGUAAGCCAGGUCAUUCCAUGAGAGAUUGUCAUGAGAAUAGGGGCGUGCAGAAAGUUAAUUAUGUGAAGCAAAUGGGAGAAACAGGAUCACUGUUUUAUGCCUGCAAUGCAGUGACUGAUGUGAAAGUCAAUAACUCAUAG